CUGAGCCCAGCUGAUCCAUUCUGCUCUGAUCCAGCUGCUGUUCUGCUUCCCCAGGCUCAUCCCAAGGGAACAAUGGCAUUCACUGGCAAAUAUGAGUUCGAGGGAGACGAGAACUACGAUGCCUUUGUGCAGAAGAUUGGUCUCCCCAGUGACAAGAUUGAAAUGGGAAGGAACUGCAAAAUUGUGACUGAAGUGGUGCAGAAUGGGAACGACUUCACCUGGACACAGCACUUCCCGGGAGGCCGCACCACCACCAACAGCUUCACCGUGGGCAAGGAGGCAGACAUGGAGACCAUGGGAGGGAAGAAGUUCAAGGCAACUGUCAAAAUAGAAAAUGGGAAACUUGUAGCUGAGUUCCCCAACUACUGCCACACUGCAGAGAUCUGUGGGGGGAAGCUGGUAGAGAUUUCUACCUCUUCUGGUGUAGUCUACAAAAGGACCAGCAAAAAGAUUGCCUAAGGCAGCAAGGCCAGUCUCUUCCAGUGCACUGAAAUCCAACAAUAAAAUCAAUAAAAUAAA